CACUCAUUAGCGGCCAUGUUUGAGCGCCAUCCUUCUGCUCGUCUCUGCAGGUUUGUCGACUUCCUGGAGCAAAUGGGCGCCGGCAGCGAGAUGUUGCCGGUGUUUGACGCCAUCGUCCAAAGGUUCCUGAACGCGGAUCGAUACGCAAACGACAUCCGAUACGUGAACUACUGCAUCAGAUGUGCCAGCCAUUACCCGGACCCCGCGGCGCUGUACGGCCACGUGUUCAGUAAAGGCGUGGGCAGCAGGACGGCGGCGCUGUACGUGGCCUGGGCUCAGCAGCUGGAGAAGAAGGGGAUGAACCAGCAGGCUGAUGGCGUCUACCAGAAGGCUGUGGAGAACCAGGCCCAGCCUGCAGACCUGCUUCUCCACGAAUACAGCCAGUUCCAGAGCAGAACCAGAACCCAGCCUCCGCCGCCCGGCGCUCCGCUCCCUCUGCAGAACUCACAGCAGACCAACCAGAUCCAGGCGUCCCACCAAAGACAGGGACAGAACAAGGCGCCUGCUGUCUCUCCAUCACAACCAGCUGCACGCAGAACCAUCGUCACGGUGUCUCGCUCCGAGGUUCCCAGAACCCUCCCCUCCAGCGGCGCCGUCCCGACUUCAUCUGCCUACGACAAGGACACGCUGGUCUGCGACGGGUCCGAGUUCUGCUUUGAAGAGGUCAGAGCGGCAAAAUACUUCCUGAAGGUCCGGGAGCAGAGGGAGAAGGAGCAGAGGGAGAAGGAGCAGAGAGAAAGCAGUAAGCCAGCUCCCUCACGGCAGAGACCCGGCCCGGUCCGAUGCGUUCAGCUCACCUUCUCUGCUCUCCUUUCAGUGGAGAGGAGGCUGCAGGGGGAGGAGGAGGAGGCGGCCCAGAGGCUGAAUCCUGCGUUGGACCGAGUCAACCAGGACCUGGAGGCUCGAUCAGGACUCCCCAGCUGGUUUGUGGCCCAGCAGUCCCAGUCCUCUGCUGCCGCUCGCCCCCCUCCUUCAGAACCGGGCGGCCGGCGGCCCCUGGUUCUGGGAGCGGACCCCGGGCCCUGCUCCGCCCAGCAGCUCCACAGCGGCGAGCCUGGCGCCUUGUGUCUGAGCAGCAGUCUGGUUUCGGAGCCGGAAGACAAACUGGACGGGUCCCGUGGAGGAGCCGCUAACCUCUCCCACAUCACCCCUAACUCCUCCCUAGGCUAUGUUCAGGCCACGCCCACCAGGGUUCUGCCGUCGCCCACCGUUAACACCCAGGAGGCCCUAGACGCCAUCAUGGACAUGUUCCAGGCUCCCACACUCCUGGACGGCCCGUUCCAGGAAGCCUCCAUGCUCCACGGCGCCGCUGAGACCCACCUGGACCCGUGCGCCGUCUCCUCGGUACCGAACCCCCCCGCCCACGCCUCCACCCCGUUCACCAUCUUCCAGGACGAGGAGGACGCCAGCGCCGCAGCGCCGCCUGAGAAGUCCAAACCCGUCAACGUUUUGGCCGACCUCAGCGCCCCCAAAGCAGACCGACCCAAUGAGACCCCGUCAGAACUGGUCCCGGAUGAGAGUACCACCUGGGGGGCCCGCUACAACUCGCUGCGGCAGCUGGACGCCUGUCCCAACAGCACCAGCGACUUCGCCCUGCUGGCCCAGUGUGUCUCCACGCCCUUCACACACAAGAGUCUGUUCAGCAGCAGCUUCCAGACCCAAGAGAACAGCGGCUCCGCUGAGGAGAACUUCUACCUCCGACGUCAGACCAAAAAGCUCAGCCCCAUCAUAGAGCAAAGUCCGAGUGCCGACCCGGCCGACGCCAAGCCGCUGCCCCCCUCCUCCUCCAGACAGGGAACCAUCAUGGCCGACGGCUCCGCCUCCUCGUCCCUCAGCAUAAUGCAGCCUCCUGCCGUGCUCUCCUUCAGGGACCAGACGUCCUGCCCAGCCCAGUCGGACGGUUCCGGAUGGGAGGUGUACCCCAGCCCUGAGCGGCGCCCUGAACCUGCCUCUCAGAGCCGGUCCUUUAAGAUCCUGGAAGACCCGGAGCCGGUCAGUCCAGAACCGGUCCGGAACCGACCCUUUGACGUCCCCAUGAGCCCAGAGUCCGCUCCCAGUGCCGCCUGGCUGGACAUCAGGAGUCCUGAACCAGCGGCCGAGCCGGACCUGGACGCCUUCCUGAGCCCCCGUCCUCCCGCCUCAGACGAACCCAGAACCCGGGAUGUUCCCAUGAGUCCGGAACCUCCGACCAGCUGUGCCGACGCCCCCCUGAGCCCGCGGGGGCCUGGAGUCCAGGACGAACCCAUGCUGAGUCCCGACAGAGGGCGAGGCGCCCAGGUCCGGCCCGUGUCCGAUCCCUGGGAUUCAGAACUGAUCUUGGACCUGCUGGGCGGGCUGAACCCGCCUCUGACCUCUCACCCCCGCUGCAUCAGCUGGCCCUGCAGGGUCCCCGCCAUCGGACCCAAGAUGACCCUCAGCGUGGGGAACUCCUCCCUCAGGGUGGACGGCGUCCUCGGGAAGGGAGCCUUCGCCACGGUCUACCAAGCCACGGACCCCCGGACCUCAGAGAAGGUGGUGUUAAAGGUCCAGAAACCGUCCAAUCCCUGGGAGUUUUACAUCAACAGCUGCCUGGACGCGCGGCUGCAGCCCGCCGUCCGCCACCUGUUCAGCAGGAUCCACUCUGCUCACCUCUUCCAGGACGGCAGCAUGAUGCUGGGGGAGCUGCACCAGUACGGCACCCUGCUGAACGCCGUGAACAUCUACAGAACCAUGAGUGAGAAGGUCAUGCCUCAGCCCCUGGUGCUGUACUUCAGCGUCUGCAUCCUGCACACGGUGGAGCAGCUGCACGCCGCGGGCAUCAUCCACGCCGACAUCAAGCCCGACAACUUCAUGCUGGGAAAGAGGUUCCUGGACAGCAGCUGCUUCGACGCGGACGGCGUGGACCACGGCCUCGUCCUCAUCGACCUCGGCCAGAGCAUCGACAUGCAGCUGUUCCCAGAAGGCACGGCGUUCACCGCGCGGUGUCUGACAUCAGGCUUCCAGUGCACCGAGAUGCUCAGCGGGAAACCGUGGACCUACCAGACGGAUUACUUCGGCGUGGCGGGGACGGUCUACUGCAUGCUGUUCGGGAGCUACAUGCAGGUCAGCCAUGAUGGCGGCGUGUGGAAGACCAACGCCGUCUUUAGAAGGAACCCGCACAGCGACCUGUGGCUGGACUUCUUCCACACGCUGCUGAACGUGGCGGACUGCGCCCCCCUGCCCAGCCUGCGGGCGCUGCGCUGCAGGAUGGCGUCCGCGCUGCAGCAGAACUAUGGCAGCAAGCUGCAGAUGCUGAAGAACCGGCUGGUGGUGAAGCUGCUGGAGGAGGCGCGCAGAUAACCGCUGCGGCGCUACUUCCUGUCUGGACCCAUUGAUCCUGAAACCAUCACAGCUCCAACUGGGAGACUCUCCUGGUUUUUAUUCUUCCAUUUAUUUUACACCUGUUACAUUUUUCUCCUGUUCGUAAUAAAGUCUGACGCUGUGGAUCGAG